AUGCGGCAGCUCAAGACCAACAUGCUGAUGCAGCUCGACUCUUUCGCGGCCACGAUAGAGGAGAUAGGGCGCCACAUGCUCACGUACGGCAGAAGAAUGCCGGCGGCGGAGGUGUUCGCGCGCAUCGACGCGAUCGAGGCGGAGGAUGUUCGGGUCUGCGCGAACAGGUUCGUGAACGACGAAGACCAUGCUAUGGCCGCGCUUGGACCGGUUGGGGGCUUGCCAGACUACGACUGGGUUCGUAACCGCACAAUCUUGCGCCAGUAGAGACACAAAAACUAGAGCAUGAUUGUCUCCCGGAGAAUUUGAGGUCGUCGACCCACGGCGUGACGUCCUUGUUUUGGGGACGCCCGUUUUU